CGCCGGCGCCCUCCGCGCUUCCGGUAAGCGCGCGCGCGCCCGGCCCCCGCCCCGGCCCCCGCCCGCGGGGACCCGCCGGUGCCCCCGCAGAGGGCAGCUCUGCCCCGGGCUGCCGCCGCUCCGCUUCCACACGAAACUGCCGAUGACGCCGUUCCGCUCCGUUCGGCGACCCGGAAGCACCGAGGCGCGCACCGCCCCCUGACCCGGAAGCACCCCGCCGCUGCUCUUUCCGGUGAGGAGGCCGCCGCCGCCGCCGGAGCCGGGUCGGGGCCGCUGCUGGGGGGGAGCCCGAGCCGGCCCUGGAAGGAGGAGAAAUGCAAGAGGAGGGAGAGUGAGAGGGGAGGGUACGUUGACAUCUGUCUGAUACUAGACUGGUGAAUAGGAAGAAGGUCCCAUCUCUGGCCUGUUUGUGGAAGCUGGGAUGAUGAAGGCACUGCAGUGGGAACGUGCUGUGGUACAGGGUUGAAGCUCCAGCCCAUGUCUGGUAGUUAUAGAGCAAUUGGAAGGGUUACGUGCAGAGUUCUGGUAAACUAGGAUGGAAGAAUCUCAUUUCAACUCCUCCCCGUACUUCUGGCCAGCAGUGCCCACUGUCUCGGGACAGAUUGAGAACACCAUGUUUAUUAACAAGAUGAAGGAGCAGCUAUUGCCCACAGAGAAGGGCUGCAGCCUGGCUCCCCCCCACUACCCUGCCUUGCUGACAGUACCCACCUCUGUGGCCCUGCCCACUGGCAUCUCCAUGGACUCGGACACCAAGCCAGAGCAGCUGACACCACACAGCCAAGCCCCUGUGACUCAGAACAUCACCGUGGUACCAGUGCAGUCUGCUGGGCUCAUGACAGCAGGUCCUGGUCUGGUGAUAACUUCCCCGUCAGGUUCCCUGGUGACCACAGCCGCCUCUGCCCAAACCUUUCCCAUCUCAGCUCCCAUGAUUGUCUCUGCACUACCCCCUGGCUCCCAGGCAGCCCUCCAGGUGGUUCCAGACCUGUCCAAGAAAGGGACAACUGCCCUCACUGAAGGUGGUGGGGGUGGUGGGGGUGGGGGAAUUGCCCCCAAACCACCCCGGGGCCGGAAGAAGAAACGAUUGCAGGAGUCAGGGCUGCCAGAGAUGAGCGACCCUUUUGUGCUGACAAACGAAGAUGAUGAGGACCAGCACAAGGAUGGCAAGACAUACAGUGGUUCCGUGAGCAGCGGAACUAAUGAAGCCUGGUUUCCAGCGGCUCUCUCCUGUGUGGAUUCUCUGAUGUCUAAUCAAGGGUGCCGGAUGUGUUCGCUGACCUUCUACUCCAAGUCGGAGAUGCAGAUCCACUCCAAGUCCCAUACGGAGACAAAGCCACACAAGUGUCCUCACUGCUCCAAGAGCUUCGCCAACAGCUCCUACCUGGCCCAGCACAUUCGCAUCCAUUCAGGGGCCAAGCCCUACACGUGCAGCUACUGCCAGAAGGCCUUCCGCCAGCUCUCCCACCUGCAGCAGCACACACGGAUCCACUCCAAGCUCCACACGGCGAUUGUCAAGCCGCACAAGUGUCCUCACUGCUCCAAGAGCUUCGCCAACACAUCCUACCUGGCCCAGCACCUCCGCAUCCACUCGGGGGCCAAGCCCUACACCUGCCGCUACUGCCAGAAGGCCUUCCGCCAGCUCUCCCACCUGCAGCAGCACACACGUAUCCACACUGGGGACCGACCCUACAAAUGUGCUCACCCUGGGUGUGAAAAGGCUUUCACCCAGCUUUCCAACCUGCAGUCCCACAGACGGCAGCACAACAAAGACAAACCUUUCAAGUGCCACAACUGCCACCGUGCGUACACGGAUGCUGCCUCAUUGGAGGUACACCUGGCUACGCACACGGUGAAACACGCCAAGGUCUACACCUGCUCCAUCUGCAGCCGGGCCUACACCUCGGAGACGUACCUGAUGAAGCACAUGCGGAAACACAACAUCCCUGACCCCCAGCAGCAGGUGGUUCAGGCACAAGCCCAGGCCUCGCAGCAGCAGCAGCACUUCCAGCCGCAGGGCGGGGGGGCAGCAGGGGGCCCUUCUGGAGACACUAACCAACCCAAUCCUCCCCCCCAGUGCUCCUUUGACCUGACUCCUUACAAGACUUCAGAGCAUCACAAGGACAUCUGCCUCACUGUCAGCACCAGCGCCAUCCAAGUGGAGCACCUCUCCAGCUCCUAGAGAGACCUCAACCCAGGGAGCAGAACGCCUCUUGUGCAUAGCCUGUGCCCAGGGGCACCGCCUGUGCAGCGGCCCUCCUUGUGCAACAGUCUCCGGCCUCUCCUCCUGCAACAGCCUCUUCUGGCCGUGUAACCCUGUUCAUGGCAGCCCCUUGAACAACAGCCUGUCUCAAGGGGGUGCUCCUUCUGUGCAACAGCCUGCCUGGUAGGAGGAUGCUUCCUUGUGCAAGAGCCCCUUUCCUGUGCUGGGAUCACUUCCUCAUGCAAGAGCCCCUCCUUUCAAACCCAAAGAAAGGCCCCUGUUUUGCCUUCUCUCUCACUGUAGGAUGCGUAUGAAGGGGGGUUGCGUGUUGAGACACACGGUGGAUAGGAUGGAGAGACGGCCCUUGUACAUACAGGGGCUUGGACACGUUUUCAGCAGGCCACAGAAGAAUGUGGCAGGGUUCACAGCUGGAUGGGGUUCUCUGAGGAUUGCCUUGAGUGUCUAAGAGAGAAAUAUCCAUUCCUGUCCUUCCUGCUUGAGAAAGGGAGGAGGGGUCGCUCGUCCUGCCCCAAGGACUGGAUGGGAGAAACCUUCUCCCCAGUGGAAGGUGAGACCAGUGGAGGGGGGAGAGGUGAGGCAUGUUCUCUGAGACGGACAGGUGCCUGCACUGCUCAAGGGCUGUGGAGUAUUGCAUUCUUUCUCCUCCCCUGGUGGAGAGCAAUAGAGGGAAGUCUGUCUGAACUGGCUGCUCCCUCUCUCUCCCAGCUGUCUGAGCAGCAUGAUGGCCAAGGCCCCGUAGGAAUGUGGGUUCCUGCUCAUUGCUCUUCCUGCCUGUUGUGGAUGAUAUCCUAGCAGCUUGUACUCCUCCUCUCCCUCCUGCUUUUCCUCCCACCUCCUCAGAAAAGCCUGCAGGCAUCAACAACAAACCAAAAAGCAACUAGAGGGGGGUAAGAGACUGCCAAAAUAAUCAUCACCCUUCUCUCUGCUCCCUUUCCUGUAAGGUGGAAAUGACAGCAGUUCUGGCACUCACACACCUGUCCUGCCCUCAGUUUCCCAAAGGGAAAGAGGAGGAGGAGGAGGAGGAGGAGGAAUAGACCAGUCUUUUCAAGGAGCCAGCAGGAGGCAGGGAAAGGCUAGCUUCUCCUGCUCACCUCCCGCCAGAGUGUUCUCCCAGGCUCCCUCUUGCCAAGACGGGCUGGACUCACACGGCAGUGGUGGCCUCUUCUGGACCCUGGUCAUGGGAGAGAAUCCCCAAAAGGUGGACAGUGGAGAGAAGGGGAUGAAGAUCCCCACAGAGAGACCAAUCUAAUGAGAAGGGGGAGCCAACAAGAAUAAACUGAAGGCCCCUUGAAUUUAUAUAUAUAUAUAUAUAUAAAUAUCUAUUCCCCACCCCUGGCCCGCUCUGUCCUUGCUGUAACUGUUUCUAUCUCUGUGUUUAUAAAACGCAUUAUCCUGGCGAAUUUUUAUUUUCAAUCUUCGUUUGUUUUUCCCUUUCUCUUCGUCUUCAAUUCUUCUUCCCCCCUUUUUUUUUAUUGGUCCACAUGACUGCUAGUCUUGUGUGUCACUUGUUAGUUUCUUUGGAUCAUGGAGGCUGACUCGGAAGAGAUUGAGAAGGCAAGGGAAAAAGCAUGUUGUUGGGUUUUAAAAUCAGUCACCCACCCAAAAGCAUAUAGAAUCCCAGACUUCUGUAUGAACAACCAAUAGGGGCUUCUUAUUUUUUUUUAACCACCCUGUAUGGAAAUAAAUUGGUGUAAAAGGCUUCUUGAAGGUGCUGCUGUGAGCACCCUGCCCCUGUGACGUGUGUUCCUUCCCCCUGCACCAGACCACUGCACGAGCAUCUUGCUGCCGUGAGUCCCGAGCGGCUGUGUGGGUGGAUGCAAGGGCAGCACAUCCCUGCCUUUGGGCAGUUUGCACAAGGAAAGCAAGGAGCUCUGCACCUGUGGAGCCUGUGGCAGAAACCUUUUUCUCUGUGUUUAGUCAGCAGGGUUGGCUGUGAACAGUUGGAGUGUUUUGUAGAUGUGUAGGUUAGGCUAUAAGAAGCUGUCUGACUUGCCUCCUGCGCUUCACAGGUGACAUUUCAAUCCAUUUAUCCUGUAGUGCGCACCAAGAACUAAUGGGUAUUUAAACUAUGUGUUGACAAAAUCUAUUGGCUUGAUUUUUGAGGCACUGGGACACAGAAUCCCUUCCAUUGGUAGCCUGCUGCAAGGGCUUCGUGUUCUUGCUGUUUAAAUAUUUCUGCCAGAUUUCUCCUUGCUUUGGCUUCUGGUCACUAGUUCUGAAUACAUGCAUCCUGCUGGUUCAGAGAGCCUGAGCACAGUGGUGCUUUUUCCCCUGGACUGGUAUUUAAACACUCUAGUGUCUCUUCUCAGUCCACUUUUUAACAAGCUAAAUAGAUGAAACUCUGUAAACCUUCCACUGUAAGGGAUUUCCUCCAGCCCAUAAAUUAUUCUUGUCUUUUCUUUCUACAUCUUGUCAAAUUUUUCAGUAUCUUAUAAAAAUGUUCCUUUUGGAUUUGAGUGUUGGAAGCCCCAAUGCCAUGGACGAGGUCCCUUAGCCUUAAGUCUGCAGAGGAUUGUGUUUGCCCAGUACUCACAUUGGCUGCUUGUCUGGUGUGACUCCUCAGUCAUCUGAAGUCUCGGCUUUCAUGAUAGUGUUUCCCCCUUUCUACAGGUAUGGUCUGAGUUCUUAUUCCCUAGAUGCUUCACGUGAGGCUGUGUCCAAGUCCAGUUUGUGUGAAUGGACCUGGCUGAGUGAUGGACCAGGCUACUCACUGCUUUCCCAGUUCUGUGACCCACAAACUGUAUCAGUUAUUUUUUACUUUUAGAUCCGGGUUGAAAUGCUGCAUUGCAUAUGACCUACGCUAACUUGAAAAGCAUCAUUGAGUGCAACUUUUUAUUAGCUUGUUUUUGAGACUUGCAGGCUAGGCAUUUCUUAAUCCUCUUAGUAUGUGAUUAUGUACAGUAAAUCUUUCUGACUUAUGGUGCUAGGUCAAUGCCUUAUAAAAAUUUAAGUAUGUUGCACCUAUGCAGUCCCCUUUGUUAAACCAAAUGUAUAAUGAUGGCAUCUAAGAAUGAAAUUAGGGUUUGGGUUUUUUCUUAUUUUACUACAAAAUCUCUUAUUUCAUAAAAUCCUUGGGUUAUAGACUUUAUUUUUUCAUUCACUAAUUCUUCAUCUCAACAGCUUUUCCAUAAUUUUAACACUGAGUCAUUUCAUUUGCCUUUUGGGAAUACUGCCGUGAGUGUCUUUUAAGGUAUUUCUCUAAUAUCCCAACUUUAAUUAAAAUGAGAAUCAAUGGGCUAGAGAGCUUGUUAGUGAACUCCUUUAGGACUCCUGUUUCUUUGCUGACUUCAAAUGCAUAUCCCUAGUAGAGGUUGUCUCAUCUCCUACUUUGAUACUAAGGUACUAGAUAGAAGUUGCUAUUUUCAUUUGACUGCCACAUCCUAUUCCUUUCUUUAUAUUUGUUGACUGAUUUCCGCUAUUCUAUGUCACUAGCAUUUUCACCAUUUUCAUCUAGCAUGGAUCAGUACUAUUAGUAAGAUUUCUUUGUUAAUUUAAAAGAGAAAAAAAUCCUGUUAUGACUAGUUUUGCUAGCCACAAAGUUUUACUUAUUUUAUAAUGUCUAACUUGUGUCAGUUGCUGUCUGACCUUCAUCUUUUCCAUCUGUUGUGUUUCAGUUUGAUUUUCUUUAAAUUGUUUCUUGCUCACAGACUUUCUCACUGAACCCAGGAUGAGCUUUUACCAGAAGGUUUCCUCUUUUUCAUUGUGAAAUUAGGGCCUUUUGGCCACAUGGAAGAUUUUCCUCACAGGGGAGUUUAAUUCACAUUUCUCUGCCUUAUUUCUUUUUUUUUUUCCUCAUGGACAACUCAGUUUAUAGUUUUGCUCACCCUGGAAGUUAGCACAGACUCAGCACAAGUUUAUUACUACUUGUGGCUCUCUUCUCCAUGUCCGUAUUCCAUAUGAACAGGACAAAACUGCCAGUUUCACUCAAGUUAUCUCAUAUGCAUCACCUUGAAGUCUGAAAAAUUGACUUGGCUUGGGUGCAGUGUCUUGUAUUAAGUUGGGAAGGUUUUAAAAGUCGGAAUUAUACUUUGCCGACUGGUUGAAUUCCCAGGGGAAUGGCUCACAAGUUAAAAUUCCUUGCAGACAUUUUUUGGUUUAUAUGUUAAAGGUGCUUGAAAUUGCCUUUCCAGGCCCCUGGUUUGCUGUGUUGUUUUCUCAUGUCUGCUAUCCUUCCCCUUCUUGGAAUCUGCUACCUAGCAUGGGGAUCCAUAUGUAUUUAAGGCUGUACAAUUCCUGUGUUACCAGUCAUUUCAAAGAUAUUAUUCCUUGUGUGUUUGCAGCUUGUUGCUGUACCUAUAGCUUUUACUGUUGCCCAGGAAGAACCUAAUUAUUUCUUACUAAGGGACUUCCCAUUGAGUUUCAGAAAUGCCACUUUAUUCCAGGCCUCUUUUUUUCUUAUCAAUAAGAAUGUCCUCUGUUUACCCUGAGUCCUGUUGCUGAUGUGGAAAUAAUUGGAGAUACCUUACUCUCAUUAUCUUUGUCACUUAUUUGAGUUUGGAUUAGAUCUUUGGAUUCCCAAGGUUGUUUAACAUUGUCAAAGUGGUUCAGGUAGUUUAAAAAGGAGAGUUGCUACCUGCAAGACACAAAAUCUAACAACUUGUACAAAAUCCUACCCUGUUGAGAUGCAGCCUGAGGUUCUGCAGCUUUUCAGCUUUGUGCACUCAAGCCAACGAUGGUUCAACUAUUUACCUCCCACUCACAAGUGGAAGAUUCUCUUAACAAGAUCCUAUGGUCCUUCCUCUUAGCUCCCUGAAUUCUUUGACCCUGCAUUUUCAUUGUGAUGCCAAUGCAUUUGUUUCUGUAUGUCUUAUCCAAGAAGACUUGACAAUGACUCUGCAGUUCUGUGUUAGGUUGCAUCCUGUGUCUUUGCUGGAAGGCAGUAGCACUUUUUCUUCUUGUCCUUUUCUGAGCUGAUUGUCUGUUCUUAGCUGGAUUUUACAAAUUAUCAUUGCUUUAAAAGGAAACAUCAUGUAGGCUGGAAAUCAUUUAGAAAAGUCACCCACAAACAGUAACUGAAUCUUAGCUGUGACUAAUGAUAGUAUUGCUGGUCUAUAAUUCAGUUAAAUCUUCAAGAAAGAUUUAAGACUUUCAUAAUUUAAAGCCUUAUGGUUAAUCAACCAUAUCCUUUAUUAGAGUUUUUCUGUUGGUUAUCACUGCCAUUAAAACUGCCAUUCUGUUUUACUACUAUUUUUUUUUAAUCCAUAGGGUCUUGUUAUGCCUUUGUUCAGUACAUUAAAGUCUUCUUCUAUAAGAAGUCUUUCUUCUUCUGUAAUGAAUUAUAGACCAUGAUCAAGUCACUGCUUUCAUUCUUCCAAACAGCUAAAUUAAAUUGAGUUGGUUUAGGUUUCUCACAUUAAGGCUUGGCUCCAUCAUGUAUUUCUUACCUGUUGCCUUUCUUUUCCCUUUCAGUUACCAGGUUUUGUAGUGUUCACUUCAAGUCUUGCUACAUUAGACCUAGAUGGUUGUCUUGAGCCACCAAACUUACAAUGCCAUACAAGGAUGUCUAGUUCUUUUAAUAAGAUCUUUUUCUUUAAAUUCAAACCAAGAGCAUUAUGCUUCUUUUCUUAGCUGAGUGCAACCCCUAUCAAUUACACUGUGAUUUUGCCACAUCAGUGUUAGGUUAACUGCCUUACAGCAACCUGGAUGAGCCCAUUUGCUUUUCAAAUACUUUUAAAGUAUUUGCUGGUCUUCUGGAACACGUUCAGAGCUUCAAAGUUGUUUGGAAAAGAAAGCCCAUUGCUUCCAUCUGCUUGCCAGAUAAAUCUUUUCAAAUUACAGAUUGUCAGUUUCUAGCUAUGCAACUUUUAGGAUGUUUUAUUUAAUGGGUAGAACUAAAGAUCUUCCUAAAUCUUAUUGGCAAUAGGUAAUAUUUCAUUACCUCACAGAUAUGUCUACAUCAUCCAACUUUCUUCCUAAUAUAGAAUAUAAUUAUGAGAUUCUGCCUGUCUUCUAUAUUUUUAUUGAUUAUUUUAUCAUCUUUAUAUCAUCUAAAGGAUAUAUAUCAUGUUUAGGAUUUUCUUCUAAUAUUUUGCAGGUAAUGUACCUGAAAGCUGCCCAAGUUUACUAGUGCAGUUUCAGAACAUAGAAUGAAAUUGCUCUGUACACUUUCUUAACUACAAGAUAGGUACCUGUUCAAUCGUCAUUUCAGGUACAACAGAUUAAAUUUGUGUGCAUGGUUUCUUGUUUCUGUGUAGUAGAACACCAAAGUACUAGAGAGAUGUAGUAACUUGGUCCAACAAACAUUUCGAUUUCAUGUAGUGUCUGUGUAAUGAAUGGAAAAAAAAAAUGGAAGAAAUCGUGACACCAAAGAACUAGAGUCUAUGCCUAGUUUUGCUGCUGAAUUAGGAUAUGUUAUUGAAACAUGGAUACAGGUAUAAUCUGUGGCCUUUGGCAUACUCUUUCAUUUGUAAAGCUGAUUAACCACCUUGCGGGCAAGUGCUGCAGAUCAAUCCUUUGCUAUUUGUGAGAAUGAAGUGUGGGUACAUCCAGUGUUUCCUGAAGACAGGAAAUGCAGAGCAGGGACCUCUGAACUGAGAAUGUUAAAGAGUGAGAAGAGCCGAAUGUACCUCUACAGCAAAAAGGGAACCAAACAAGAGUGUGAAGCUGUAGGCCCUCCUGUUGGGUGAUGCAUAAGGAUCCCUCUCAAGCACUGGCCUUCACCUCCUAGUCCUUGGACAACGUUUAAGAGGUCUCUAAGGUAACUGAAAAGCUGGAGGCUUGAAUUUGGUAUGCAGAUGUUUACAUUUCCAAGGGAAAACACAGGCAUCUGUAGAUCAAUAAAGGUUGAGAACCACU